GUUGUUAUCAUAGAUCUGUUGCUUCUUCUGGCUGCAAUAAUUGGAAACCACAUUACAGUAAUCAUGCUUCUGUUGGCUGCUAAACAGAGUGCCAUGAUUUCGAGCAGCAACUUCAUUCAUAAGACUCACUAUGAGAUCCUAGGUGUGAAGGAGGAUGCAGAUUUUGAAGAAAUCCGUAAAGCCUAUCGGUCAGCCAUACUUUGUUUUCAUCCAGACAAGCAGCAAAAGCCAUCAGAAACAUCCAAUUCUAAGUGUCUGACAGAAAACAAAUUUUUGGAGAUACAGAGAGCUUGGGAAACCCUUGGCAACCCGAGGUCACGUGCACUUUAUGACGGUGAAUUGCUAGCUUUGAGACAGGACGUAGCAAUUGCUGAAUAUGUUAGCUUAGAGGACCUUACAAUUCAAGAUUCUGGUGAUGUUAUAGAGCUUUCUUAUCCUUGUAGAUGUGGUGACCACUACUUUAUUGAUUCUUUAGAAUUGGCUGACACGGGUUGUUCAAUAUCAAUAGAAGGGUGUACAGUCUUUUUGCUGACCUCUAAAUCUUUGCCAGCAUUUAUUGUGCUUCCUUGUGGAUCUUGCUCACUUAAAGUUCGCCUACUGAUUAAUGGCGAUACUAGGCUUCACAGAGAUGUUCACUUGUAA